UACUGUUUCAUGCUUUUUGUUUGAGCUUGGUUGUCAAGUGACCUUUGGUCUUUUUAUUGGACUUUGCAUUGUAUGAAAGGCUGCACACAGGAUUUUGCAGGUCUUCACACCAGGGGAUGAUAGCAUAUUAAUUUCAGUUGUAGAUCUAUAUACCAUGCCAGCAAACUGACAGUAUUACAUUUUCUAAAAUGUCAGCACUAGUCAUUAAGUGUACUGGUUUCCUGGUACUAGGCACAUUCUUUCUGUUCGUGCUGAACUUGACAUUGUUGUGGUCAUUGGUGGCAUUGUUUGCGAUUUAUCUUGCAACAGGAGGAUGGAGAUUUAUGAGGGUGUUUGCACUCACAGCAACCAGGGAUCUUAAUGCUCUGAGAUGCUUGAUUACAGUAAAACUUAGAGUGAGGAGAAAUCUAAAGAAUAAUAUGACAGUGGUAAAAAUAUUUGAAGGCACUGUACGCAAAAAUCCAAACAAGGCAUUCGUACACUUUCAGGACCAAGUGUGGACUUUUAAUGAUGCAAAACUCUAUGCAGAUAAAAUUGCAAACUUCUUUUAUGAUUCUGGCUAUAGAAAAGGGGAUGUGAUUGCUCUCUUCACAGAGAAUUGUCCCCAGUACAUUCCAUUGUGGCUGGGUAUGUCCAAAAUGGGCAUAGUUGCUGCACUUAUUAAUUUUAAUUUGAGAGACAUGUCACUGGCACAUUGUAUAAAGAUUUCAGAGGCAAAAGCUGUUAUUUUUGGUGAAAAUUUGGUUGAAGCCGUUAAAGAUAUUCGUCUUAGUUUACCACAGAGUACAGUUUACUUUUGUCUUGGAAAUGUUAGCCAAGCAGAUUUCUCAGCAGUCAACUUGGACAAUGCUAUAGAAACUAUCCCAUUGUAUGAGAUACCAACAGUCAACGUGAAAUGUUCUGAUAGAUUAUUCUAUGUCUACACCUCUGGUACAACAGGCCUUCCUAAAGCAGCUGUUGUUACAAACACAAGGUUCUGUUACAUGGGCUACGGUGUUGAGCUGAUGCUGGACAUCAGCCCCAAAGAUGUCAUCUACAUCUCCCUGCCACUGUACCACACAGCUGGGGGAAUCAUCGGUGCUGCGCAGGCCAUCCUGUCUGGGACCACGCUGGCCCUGAGGACAAAGUUUUCAGCCAGCCAGUUCUGGACUGAUUGUGUCAAGUACCAGUGUACAGUAGCCCAGUACAUAGGAGAGCUGUGUCGCUACCUGUUGGCCCAGCCUGUGAGACCUGAAGAAACACAGCAUUCUGUCAGACUCAUGUUUGGCAAUGGAAUCAAACCUCAAAUAUGGAAACAGUUUCAGGACAGAUUUGGAAUUAAAAUGAUUGGGGAGUUUUAUGGCGCUACUGAAGGCAAUUGUUCUAUAGUUAACAACAGGAACAAAAUUGGUGCAGUGGGAUUCACCACAAGGAUAUUACCUUUCCUUUACCCAAUUACUUUGAUCAAAGUGGAUCUUGAAACUAACGAGGUCUGCCGUGAUAAGAAUGGGGUGUGCAUCAAAGCAGAACCAGGUGAGCCAGGUGAGCUGGUAGGUAAAAUAGUUAAAGGAGAUCCAGUUCGUGAGUUUGAUGGAUAUGUGGAUGACAAAGCCACUACUAAAAAAGUUAUCCGAGAUGUUUUUUCCAAAGGAGACUUGGCAUUUUCCACAGGUGAUAUACUGGUUAUGGAUGAAUUAGGAUUUUUUUACUUCCGUGAUAGAACUGGAGACACAUUCAGAUGGCGAGGAGAGAAUGUUAGCACCAGUGAAGUCGAGGCCGUAAUUAGCAAUGUUGUUGGGCUAAAAGAUGCAGUUGUGUAUGGGGUGGAGGUCCCAGGAUAUGAAGGUCGGGCUGGUAUGGCAGCCAUUGUAGAUGAAACAGGUUCAAUCAACACACAUCAGUUAGGCCUGUCUUUGAGCCGUGCACUGCCUGCUUAUGCCAGACCAUUGUUUAUAAGGCUGUUAAAGGAAGCUGACACAACUGGCACAUUCAAGCUAAAAAAAACCAACCUGAGAGAUGAAGGGUUUAAUGUGACCACCAUCAAAGAUCGUAUCUUUAUCCUGGAUCAGCGGACACAGCAGUAUCAGGUGUUGACUCCUGACGUCUAUAAGAGUGUGCUGGACGGCAGGCUGAGAGUGUAACUGGGAUGAAUAAAAUGUAAUCAGAUGGGUCACUCCUAGGAUAUUUAUUUGUUUUUAGUAUUUAUUUAAUUUUGUUUUAUUGACACAUUCAAAUUUAUUUACAUUAAAAAAAAAAAUUGUUUUAUACUUUUUAUAUAUAACUAUAUUAUCUUAUCUGAAAACUACAUUAUUUAGUAAAAUUUAAAAAUUCUUUUCAUGAACAAUAAUUAGGAAUGUCUUAAAUGUUAUUGAUGAUGUGUUUUUUUAGUCAUGGAAUCUCAUUGUUUUGUUUAAAAAGGUGUGAAUCAUAUAAAAGAUAGUGUUUGAUGUAUAUGACUAUGCACGGAUUUAAUCCAAUCCAAGUUAUGCAAGCUUCAGAUAACUCUGUUUCUACUCUCUGUGAUACAUAUACCUCAUCACAUUUGCCUUUCUACCACUUGAUCUACUUCACAUGCCCUCUCUGAUGUUGUCUGUUUAUGACAUUAUUUGAAAAAGCUCAUGCAAUUCUAUCUUCCCAAGACUGAUUUAUUAAUUAAUUACUGCAUUGCUGAUAGGAUAAAAUGUCUAUUACAACUUUCGUUAAUACUUUAGAAUAAUUUAUUCUUAAAAAUCAGUCUUGUUUAAAUUAGUUUAACAUCCUUGCGAAUGGUUUAAGGCCACUUUGCUUGUUAUUUGGGUGGGCAUUUACAUUUGUGUGUGUACAAGAUGAAUAUACCAUGAUCAAGCUCAUGAAGAAUGUUACUGUUUUAUGAGGCUCAAUAUUCUUGCAUUCCAUUCGUCUCUCUUCCUAGUUUGCAAUUCUAUAUAAUUCUUUUAAAAUUUCUUGCAUUGUGAAAUGAAAUUACCAUGUUUAAACAAACUACUUUUGUUGAGGGUUAUAUUGCCAGGAUUUAUGAAGGAACUUUGUGACCUGCUCAUUUAUUUGGUGUCAGUUCUGGCAAGACUUACUUAACCUGAACCUUGAUGUUGUUCUAACCUCUCUUAGGAUAACCAUCACCGUAACAUUGCUUACUUAUCCACUCUUUAGUAACCAGAUAUUUUUUUUUCUAUAUACUCAGCUUGCUCCAGCACCAACAAAUUGCUGGCAGGUUUUUAUGUUUAAAUGUGUCUAUUGGAUAAUUGAAAUGAUGUGUAGAAUGUUGUAAGUUGGCUUGGGUUGACCUGUUUGUGACAACAGUGUGAAAGGUGGAAAUAUUUGAUUUCAGAGUUGAAUCCAUCCAUGACCAUUAACUGAUCCUAGUGUUGUAGUUCCUUUGUUUAUACAGCAUGAUCAUCUCAUCCAUGAUUAUAGAACUUAAAGUUUUCCUGUAAGCAUUUAGAUUUUUUUGACAGGAGGAAAGGCACACAUGCAAGAUACCAGUAUUACAAUAGUUUUUUCAAUGAAUAUACUAUGGCACAACUGUCUCUCCUCAUACAAAUGUGCUAAUCUUAGUAAGUUACACUUGUUUCUUUCUUUUUAAAAUUAGCUACAAAUAUUCCAUGACCAAGUAAAAAGAAUUCAUGAAAAUGAUUUAUGUACACAAUCUUAUGCUUUAGUAGUGUUUAGUUAGUACACACUGUGUACUUAGUAAAAUUCUGUUUAAAACUUGUUUCUUAUUUUAUUAAUUUAAAUGUGAUUAAAAUAUAAAUAAAAUGUGAUUAAGUAAUGUGAUGUCUAGAAAUGUCUUAUGAAUUAUAUAUUUAAUGACAUCAAAGUUGAACAGAAAAAUUAUAUUAAAAGAUGUCACUGUUGUGUACUGUAAUUUUUAGGGCAUUUGUCAUUUACUCUAAAUAUACAUGUGACUCUGUUUGCAUUAAAU